GUCAAAGAAUGAGCCAGCGGAUGGCGCUGCCCACGGACUCGCUCGGUUCUCUGGGCCUUCAGCCAGCUUUGCAAUGUAGAUUGUUGAAUAAAAUUUGUGACGUGGAGUUGGGGAGUAAUUCCUUGUUGGUGUGCUUCGGUGUUGCAAAAAAUUACUUGACGAUUGAAAUCAUCAAUAAAGGAUGUCUAGUGUUUUAGAGAAAACAUUAAGUGGCUUAGUGAACAGCCUUCUUGGGCCAGCGGGAUCAAAAGGGACAGUCAGUCAAGGUCUAGUUGGAGUGCCUGGACUAAAGAAUGUCUCUCUUGGCCUUAUUAGUUUUGUGGAGAAGCUGCAGGCAGCAAAGAGAAUAUCAAAACAGGAAGAAGACCACUGUUUGGAGCAUGAAAGCAAGGAAUGGAUGAAGCUAUUAUCCAGCCCUGGAGUAUGCAGUUCUCUUGUUGCUGAUAUACUAUGCCGUGCCCUAAUUGCUCAUGUUCAUGGAUAUCCUCUCCCAAGUCUCCAUAUCCAUGCUAUCAAGUUAACUCAGAGCUCAGAAGUUUUAUACAAAAAAAUGGGAUAUUUGUUUGUCAGUCAGUCCCUUGGUCCUGGAUCAGAGUUAACCCUUCUGCUAGUAAAUACAGUGCAGCGGGAUUUGACAGCACCCAGUGUUCUGCAGGUUGCAGCUUCCAUAGCUGCAUUACCAGUAAUCAUAACACCUGAUUUGACGCCUGCUAUCAUUACCCCCCUUACACAUUGUCUUGCUCAUCAACAGGCAUACAUCAGGCGUCGGGCAGCAGUCAUGAUGGGUGUAAUGGCCAAGAGAUGUGGGGAAGAACUUUUCAGUACUGCUGGAGACCAAAUACCACAUCUCCUUCACUUGCUAACUAAUCAUGAUCCUGGAGUUGCACUCUCUGCAAUCAUGUCUUUAGCCAAAGUAUAUAAGGCAUGUGGGCAGCAAAAGCUUGACCUGCAUGAUCAAGUUGCAAAAAGUGCAUCACAUAUGCUUGCACAGGCAGUUAAUGGUGCUCUUCCAAGAGACUAUCAAGUCAAUGCUCUGCCAGCCCCAUUUGUUCAGAUCCAGAUGAUGAGAGUGUUGCAGUUGUUAUCGGACAGAGAGUGGCAGCCACCCAAGGAAGUAAUUGAAGCGUUACAUUUGGUUUUGGGUCAGCCAUGGGGUGGAAAAGAAGUUGCUCUCUAUUCAGUACUGCUAGAAUGUGUUUUCACUAUUACAACUAUGCCAUACCAUGAUGCUUUGGUCACCAGCGCUCUUAAGGUUGUACUAGGGUUCUUGAAGAGCAGUAAUGUAGACCUGAAGUACGUGGGUCUCAAAGCAUUGGCAAGUGUGUUUUCUGUGCUUGAGGAAGCUCUCACGCCAAGUCAUCUUGAGGCAGUCUUGGAUUGCCUUUAUCACUCAGAUAAAAAUCUUCAGGCAAAAACACUGAGGCUGCUCUGUGCAAUGGCGAAUACACAUAAUUAUCAGGCUGUGUGUUCAACUUUAUUGGAGUUCUGUGGACGAACCGAAGGACAGAUGACCCAAAAAGCAAUUCUGGAAGAAUUGUCAUCAAUUUUAGCCAAAUACUGUCGAGAUGUAAUGUGGUGUGUGGAUUUCGUCACACCUCUGAUUAUUGGUUCAUUGAUUCCAGAGAAAAGCUUGACUGAUACCAUUGUACAUGUUCUUGAACUGGGAUUUAAUGAAGGAUUUAGCGAAGAAAAGAACAUAAAGUCAACAACCGAAGCAUCUCAAGAAUUACUUCUGAAAAUAUUCAGCAAAGAAAAGUUGUCUUUGGUUUAUAUAAAUCUUAUAGCUUCAGUUCUAAAUUUGCAGUAUUCUAGAGAUCCCAAACAAGUUUCCAAGUAUUUUACAGACUUAUUUCUAGAAAAACUUUUACCUGAAAGUAACUUGAAUGAAAAAGAUGUUUCUGUAUUUAAGUGCCUUAAGAAUAUUGGACUAAAUGAUGAGAUGGUUCGUUUAGAUAUUAUUUGUUAUUUACAAACAAUUAUAAAAAGCAACAAUUUUGGUCUUAUUUUCAGAGAAUUAGCCAAUGACAUUUGUUUGUGGCUGGGUUAUCCAAAUUUGAGUGUACAGGUUAUCAAGAACCAAGAUAAUAUCUUAUGCCAAAAAGCACAAACAGAUUUAACUUUAAGCUUUCUAGAUGAUUAUGUUAUUGAAGCUCUUGAGGGUGGUGCUAUUCCAUUUAAACCAUUUAGUGUUUCCCAGAAUAACUCUAGUUUUGAGGAAAAGGCCAAUAAUGGAUUUCAUGAAACAUACCUGAGUACAUCCACUGUACCAAGCGUGGCAUCUGAUGACGCUCAGUCAUCUGCUCCCUCAACAAGUACUCACCUGACAGCCAGCACAUCUGUGAAUAAUGCCAUCUUGAGCAGAAGUAUGCUUGCUUGUGGUAAACGGAUGUGGAGUAACGAAGGUCGAAUUCAGCAGAAGUUAGAAGGGGAAGCAUCUGUGGGAUCCACCGCUGAUUUUUCCUUGAAGUCAGUUGGCCAGAAUGGGAAUAAUUUCCCAUUGAAUGAUGAUGAUGAAAAUGAUGACAUGACAGAAGUUAGUGUUGAACUAGCAGAUGAAGCACAAGAGGACAAACAGAAAGAGCAAGAUACCUUAUCUCUACAGAGGUCACAGUUGACCCAAGCAUUACUAGCUGGUCUUGGUAUGACAAAAUCAAAGUAAAUAAUACCAGUAGUUUUAUAUGGGAAGUUGCAAUGCAUUAAUGGUGUCCUACAUUAAGUGUUGCAUUAUAUUGUUUGUUUUUAUGUCACCUACCUUGGUAUUUCAUAACUUUUUUUACCCAUAUGACAGUAGGAACAUGUACUGACCACUAUAAAUUUACUGGAGUAUUUUUUCACAUAAUUGUGCAAGUAUAUAGUCAUGAAGGAGUCAAAUCCUACAGUCCUUCCUGAACCCACCUAUUUACCUUAUUCAUUGAAUUUUCGCUAAGAAUUUUUUUAUCAUUGUUUGGUGAUGGUGAUGAUGAUGAUGAUGAUGAUGAUGAUGAUGAUAAUAAUGAUGAUUACUACUACUACUACUACCACUACUACUUCUGCUAUUAUUAUUACUACUAUUAUUAAUAUUGUUAUUAUUAUUAAUAAUAACAUCAAUAUUAUUGUCAAUGUUAUUGUUAUUGUUACUAUUAUUAUUUUAGUAUUAUUACCAUCAACAUCAUCAAUCACCACCACUAUCAAUCAUCACCAUCACCACCACCAUCAAUCAUUACCAUCACCACCAUCAGUCGUCAUCAUCAGUCAUUAUCACCAUCAUCAUCAGUCAUCAUCAUCAUUAUCAUCAUUGUAAUUGUUAUUGUUAUUAUUACUGUUAAUAUUACAUUAUCAUUGUUAUUAUUGUUUUCAUUACCAUAAUUAUUUUUUUAAGGUUAUUGUUAUUAUUACUGUUAUCAUUGUCAUUAUUAUUAUUAUUAUUAUUACUGUUAUUAUCAUCAUCAUCAUCGUCAUCAUCAUCAUCAUCAUCAUCAUCAUCAUCAUCAUCAUCAUCAUUAUUACUAAUGACAAUGAUGGUGUAGAUGUCAGGGAGCCAUCUUUGUGUAAAGAGAAAAAAAGAAAAAGAAAAUUCCACAGUUAGUGGGCAUGGCUAAAUCCAUUCCUUGCGUUAUUGGGUUAAACGGUAUCUUUUGAUAUGCAGUAACACAAGCGCUGUGUAUUCUAAAUAUAAAUAUUUUUAACCCAUUUGUGACAGGCAUGUCACAUAUCAAUGCCAUGCCUACUGUGAGUUUAUUUGUUUAAUUGUUUUUGCACGUAGAUGGCUACACUUGUACUAAAAUCACCAAUGAGCCAAUUACGAGUACUGCCUGUCUUGUUUGUUAUCUUAUUUUGCUAUUACUAAUGUUUAUAACAUUAUAGUAAUUAUAAAGUUUAUAAUGAAAAUAAUACCAUCGACAUUCAGAGCACUAGUAAAAAAUACAUUGUCCCGCUAAUUCAAGGAGAGGUGAAAUCAGGUAAGGCAGAGCCAUCUAUGUGUAGAGACAUUUCACAAAAAAUAUAAAAAAUGAGCACAGCAAUUUCCCCAUUUUUUAUUCAUUUUCCCCGGCGGUAAUGGUUAAUGUGUAAAUUUUGUUUAAUAUAUCCAUAUUGUUUCUUUUUUCAAUUUCUCCCUGUAGAUAGGUCAGAAAAAGAAUAUUCCUAAAGGUGUCACACUUUUUAUUUUUCAUUUUUCAUGCAGUAGUUUGCACUUUGAAAAAUAAAUAAGUAAAUCAGUAUUGGCCCAUAUAAGGGAUCUGACAUCUUUGACGAUUCAUUACGGGGGCAUUAUGUAUUUCUAGUAAAAUCAAUUAAAAAUGAAUAUUUGACAACACAAUUAAAGCGGAAAUAAAUCAGAGCCAUGACUGAUUAUGAGAGAGAGAGACAGACACAUACACAGACACUGACAGGCACACACAGACAGGCACUGAAGGUCCCCUGUGAUCUAGAUAUGGGUUGCAACCUUCAGAAAAUUUAGAACACCAAAUAUGGAGGAUUUCAAUUGUACCCCUAUUUUUAUUGACCAGGUAUUUGAUGAAUUCUCCAUGGGUAUGUAAGAAGGCUUGGGGGCAUAACUGAGAGCCAGAUGAGCCUUUAAUUUCCUGUUGAAAGUAAUGAGGUUGAGAUGUUUCUAAUAUUUUGUGAUAGGUUGUUCCAGAUCUUGGUUUCUCGGAUUUGCAUUUGCCUUGACCCAGCUUCCAUGUAUGACCUUUUAACGUGUAGAGAGUUAAUCUGUCUGGUUUGCAUGUCGGUUUUGUUACAAAUUGUAUAAUUAUACAUGUCAUAUGGAUAUUUUUGUUGAACUUGUAAUCAAUUCGACUUGGUUACAUGGGUGGUUAUGUGUUGAUGUUUAUUUAUAUUGCCUAGUGUCAUUAUUGUGUUAAAGUAUUAGUUUUUAUGCUUUUUGUAUUGGAGUUUUGUUGGUUGAGCCCCAUAUACUGGAACAGUAGUUUAUAAAGCUGAGUGCAAGGGUUUGUACAACAGCAAUUCUCGUAUCAUUUGGAUUUUAUUUUUAUGUGAUUAAGGUAAAACAGUGUGCCCAUUAUUAUUACAUUUUUAAAUGUCCAUGUUUGUUUCAAAAAUCAUGAAUUUCUCUAGUUGUACUCUUACAUUGUUAACCCAUUCGCAAUGGGAAAAAAUGAACAAAAAAUGAGGAAAAUGCUGUGCUCAUUUUUUAUAUAUAUUUUUAAAAAUGUCUCUACACACAGAUGGCUCUGCCUUACCAGAUUUCACCUUUACUUGAAUUGGGGGGAAAAUGUAUUUUUUACUAGUGCUAUGAAUAUCGAUGGUUAUUUUUAUUAUUAACAUUAUAAUUACUAUAAUGAUAUAAACAUUAGUAACAGCAAAAUAAGAUAACGUAAAAUAUUUUUGUAAAUUAAAGAAAAGGGUAAACAGGCGAGACAGGCAGUACAAGUACAAGUGUAGCCAUCUAUGUGUUAAAACAAUUAAACAAGGAAACUCACAGUGGGCAUGUCACAUAUACUUGACACCCAGAGCGAAUGGGUUAAUGGGAAUGCUUGGUUUAUUGUGUUUGUGGGGAUUUAUCAAGAUUUAGUUUAACCCCUUGGUGCCGGGUAUGACGUGUAUGUACGUGCUAUGCCCGCCGUGAGUACUUGUUUGAUUGUUUUUACGCAUAGAUGGCAACACUUGUCCUAAAUCACCAAUGAGCCAGUUACAAGUACCGCCCGUCUCGCCCGUUUACCCGUUUCUUUGAUUUACGAAAUAUUUUACAUUAUCUUAUUUUGCUGUUACUAAUGUAAAAAAACAUUAUAAAAAUUAUAAUGUUUAUAAUAAAAAUACACACCGCCGAUUUUCAUAGCACUCGUGAAAAAUACGUUUUUCCCGCCAUUUCAAAUCAGGCGCUAGCAGAGCCAUCUAUCGACAGACAUGUCACGAAAAACAGAAAGUGGGCACAGCAUUUUCUCCAUUUUUUGUUCAUUUUCCCCGGCAGCAUUGGGUUAAGGCCAUUGCUAUCAAAAUACAUUCUUGCUUCUGUAAGAGUCUGUUGGGUAUUUCGUUGAUGAUUAUAAUUUAUAAGAUCGGGUCUAAUAUGGAGCCUUUUCGGACACCAAGACAUGACAUAUUGUUGAUUGACUGCCUUCUUGUCGAUAGAUAAGUUCUGAACCAGCAGUUGUCAGUUCCAUGAUUUUUCAUUUUGUUAAGCAGGAUUUCAUGGUUGAUACUAUUAAAUGCUUUUGACUAUAGAUUUAUUUGAUUAUUUGUCUGUUGUCAUAAAGUUUAUUUGCAAUUUUUGAUAAUGCUGCUUCCUUAAAUUGCUUACAUCUAAAGCUAUGAGGUGAUUGGAUUCUAAGAAUAUUGACAGUUGAACUGAAAUUUUUUUUUCAA